AAGCAGCAGCAUCUGAAGGUUGACAGACUGUCCGGCUGUCCUGUUGUUGUUGUUGUUGUUGCUGUGAAACUCUGACCAUCAGACUGACAGCAGCUACAGGUCCUCAGCAGCAUCAUGGCGUCUGAAGGCCCUGUGAUGAAUGGUGACAUCUCUCGCUCUCACACGGAGUGUGGCACACAGGAGGAAACCCUGACGCAAAUGAACAAGCUCAUCCAGGAGAACCGGGAACUGAAAGAGGCCCUGCGGCAGACCAACAUGACGAUGAAGGAGCGUUUUGAGGGUCUGUCUUCGUGGCGGGAGAAGCAGAAGGAGGAACGGAGCUUCCUGGAGUGCAAGCUGGAGGAAGCUCGAGGGCGCAUGGAGGCGCUGAUAAUCCAAAACCAGGAGCUGAACAAGAUGAAGCAGGAGGAGGGGGGGGCAGGAGGUGGUCUGCUGGCUGCGUCGUCCAAUCACAGUGCGGAGCUGGACGCCCUGCGUGCCCAGGUUGCUCGCCUGCAGGCAGAGAAGAACGACCUGGUGGCCAUGAACUCUGAGCUGCAGCUGAAGGCCGAGCAGGACUCGCAGGACUCCUUUAUCGAGGUCUUCAAAGUGUCCGAUGGAGGUGUGGACGGCGUGAACAGUGUGUGUGGUUUGGAGCGCAGCAGAAACUCGGAGCUGAGCAUGACGGGGUCCCGGCUGGAGGGCGAGGAGACCACCGUCAGCCAGCUGCUGCAGUCUCUGAGGGACGAGACGCAGCGGGCCGAGGGGCUGAGGACCCAGCUGCAGUCUGCCGCCGCCAGGAUAAAGGAGCUGGAGGACAGGAAGUCUAUUGUGGAUGAAUCAACACAGACCACCCAAGCAGAGCCCGCAGAGCCCGAGCAGGAUUCUGGGAAAGAAGAAAAGUCAGCAUCUGAGGUGGAGAACAUGAAGUCUCAGAUGAUGACGCUGUUCAAAGAACUGCAGCAUGCCCAGUCCAAGCUCGAUGAAGCAGAAGGCAUGAAGAAGAACCUGCAGGACCGAUGUCGGGAGGUGGAAAAGGAUGUUGUCACUCUGAGGGCUCAGCUGGCCGACAAACAGGAAGUGCUUUCUGUCAACGAGCGGCUGAAGCUGCAGGUGGACAGCAUGCAGGCUCAGAACCUGAUGGAGCAGAGGAAGACUGGAGAGGAGAGGAACAACAUGGCCCUUCUGAAGGAUGCCUACACCAAGCUGUUUGAAGACUACGAUGAACUCAAAGAGGAGAAGAAGAAGAAAGAGUCUGUGCUGGUGGCGAAGGAGGUGGCGGAGCAGCUGCAGGAACGUCUGGCUGCUGCCGAAGAGGCCCUGGCUGCUAAACAGAACCACAUUGAUGAGAUGAAGCAGGAAAUGUUCAAGAAGGAGGAGGAGCUGGGGACCAUUUCCGUGUUCAAGGCUCAGGCUGAGGUCUACUCCUCGGACUUCUACGCAGAGCGGGAAGCAAGGGAGAAACUCCACGAGGAGAGGGAGUGUCUGGCUGCCAAGCUGGAGUAUGUGAAGAAGCAGAACCACCAGCUGCAGGACGAGUUGGAGUCGCUGGGCCGGCGCUCGCUGACCGAGAUGCAGCAGAGACAUGUGUCAAUGGGAGGAAGUCCACACGGAGCCGGAGCCUCUCUGGUUGGGAGAGGAACUGACUGGCAUCAUCAGGGGAAUAUUCCAGAACACGCCUGUCCGAAGUGCAAUGAGGUCCUGCCAGACCUGGACUCCCUGCAGAUCCACAUCAUGGACUGCAUCAUCUAGAAAACCACCAUUACAAGCUUCAACAACAAUAAUCUGAGACUUCCUCUUCUUUAUCUGUACCUCCUCUCAGAUCCCUGAGACUCGCAUUGGCCUCAUUCACCAAUAUCUUACCAAGUUUGUUGCAAAGUUGUGUGUGUUCUUAACCCACAGAGUUGUUCUGGGUUUUCUUUUGCUUUUGUCUUUUGACUGGAACCAAGCUGUAGAUGAACAGUUCAAACCCUUUGAUAUGAUUUGAGCAAUGAGCUGUCCGUCAUGCACACUUAAAAUAAAUUCAGUCAACCAAGUAUUUGGUUGCAGAAGGCUAUUUUUUUGUAUUGUAUUUGAAAUUCCUAAUCUUUGUUUCCUUUGAGAGGACAUUUUGGCUAAUGGUUGUUGUUGGUGGUGGUGGUGGGAAAGACAGCACGAAACAUGUAGGCACUUUAUUAUAAAGAAAAUAUACCAGGUAUUUUAUUUUUGACUCAGUGGGUGAUACCUGUAAAUUAAAAUGCAAUGUAUUUAAUUUGUUAAUCAGCCUAUCACUGUGUAUGGUAGCUUUUGUAUGUCUCUAAGCAGGAGGCAUCAAUACCCUGCUGAUUAUAGGAGACAUUCUGAUUCUGUUGUAAUUCUCUGAAAUAAAAUCAAAAAUAUCUGCCAA